UUACCAGUGACAAGAUUCUUUGCUUAGGUUUAGAUAAAAUAGUGUCUGUACACUUUCUACAAUAGAACUGAUGUCAUUUAGCGUGCGGUAGAUGUGACGUUUUGUGCCACAUAAAAUAUCAGGUUGACGUCAUUGUUACCGAGCAGAAUGUCGAGACCCCAGAAAACUCAGUCUCAUUCGUCCAACCUACUUCGUGGAAAUGAAAACGACGCAGCCUUUAAUGUUUUGGGCAACAAAUCAGUUUCACUCUCCACGACUGUUGCGCAGCUGUAUAUCGCACAUCCAGAUCCUAGGAAGUGGACUAAACAUCGCACGGGUGUUUUAUGUUUUGUGAAGGACAAUGGGAAGAAGUCGUAUUUCAUUAGGAUGGUGGACAUCACAAGUCGAGCAGUUGUAUAUGAUCAAGAACUCUUUGAACAAUUUGAAUAUAAAACUCCCAAGCCACAUUUCCACAGUUUUGCUGGUGACAAGUACACGGUUGGCAUUAACUUUGGAGAUCCUGGAGAGGCGUCUCAUUUUAAGGAGGCCGUGCAGGUAAAGAUUAAAGCAUACCAACAGAAGAAAGCUAACCGUGUGCCAAAGAAGGCUCCUGCUGCUCCUUCAGUGGGUACUGGUUCUGCUCCUCCUCCUCCUCCUGCACAACAUCGAGCUAGUGCACCACCACCGGCUGCAAUGACUGGAGGAGGAACGCAGCAUGUAAAUAUUCCUGCUAAUGUAAAGGUCAAGAAUGACAAGGGUACAGUAAGAGCAGGGAAAGGUAAUCGAAAAAGAAUAUCAAAGAGUGACAUUUCAGGCCCUAGCAACUUUGUUCAUGUUCAGCAUGUUGGGUUUGACCCAGAAAAAGGUUUUGAUUUGAACAACCUUGAUCCUGAAUGGUCGACUCUUUUCAGUGCAGUUGGUGUUACAAAGGAGCAGCUGCAAGAUAAAGAGACAGCUCAGUUCAUUUACGAUUUUGUUGAAAAACAAGGAGGCAUUGAGGUUGCAGCCAAGCAGCUCAAGCAGCAAGCACCAGCACCGCCGCCACCACCACAUGCAACAACACGUGGUGCAGCUCCUGCUCCUCCUGCACACAAAGGUGGCAGAAACCGAGCUCCUCCUCCUCCAUCUCGUGGUGCAAGUGGUGCACAUGGUGUGCCGCCUCCUCCUCCUCCACCAGCCCGUGGACAAGCUCCUCCACCUCCAUCUCGAGGAGCAGCUCCACCUCCACCUACUAGUGCGCCUGCACCACCACCUGCACCACCACCGCCUGGAAUUGGGGCUCCACCACCUCCGCCUCCACCUGGGCGUUUUUCACCACCUUUAGGUGGGCCACCUACUCCUCCUUCACCAACUGGUGGUGGUCGAGGUGACUUACUAUCUCAGAUUCAUCAAGGGAAGUCAUUGAAACCAGUGCAACAAAAUGAAGACAGUGGGUCAGGGGACUCACGUGGUGGCUUGCUGGAAGCAAUCAGAAAGGGAACCAAUCUCAAACGAGUAUCUGAAAGCGACAAAGGGUCUCCUCCUCCCGAACCAGAGUUAGGUGGAAUGGCUGGAGCUCUUGCUCGUGCUUUACAGGACAGAUCACGAGUAAUACAAGUGUCUGAUGAAGAAGAAGAAGAUUACGAUGAAGAUGACGACAGUGAUGAGUGGGAUGACUAAGUAACAUUUUCUAAUUAUUGCCACAGUUACAGUGGACAACCUUGGACAGCAUUGAACUCAAAUAUUAUUGUUUGGCUGCAUGUACAAGGGUAAAGUGACUUGUUGGUGUGUAUUGUGUAUAGUACAUUACACUAUUAUAGUUGGUUGGUAGAUCGUCUGUUGUGUAUUGUAAACUUCUCAUGAAUUACAUAUUUGUGACAUCAA